CAGCCGCUCCCCACCCUCCCCCCAUGGCAGGGCAGGAUGGGGGCACGGGGGGGCGUGCGGCCACGUGCGGCUCCGGGAUGACGGCUGGGCUGCCAACAGCCCCCAGUGCUGCCCCUAUAGGAGGGCUGCCGGGUGCUCCGUGGGGCCGCUCACCCCACGGGCUGGGCUCGGGGUUUAGGGGCCGAGAGCGGGGUUUAGAAGCCGGGAGCGGGGCGCGGGGCCGAGGCUUUCGGUGCCGGGUCGCUCACGGAUCCUUGGAUGCCGCCGUCCCGCUCCGCGCGCGCCGGGGUCCCGCUGGAUGCCGGUGCCGGCUGAGCACCGCCGCGCUUUGUGCCCCGCUCACGUGUCCCCGCAUCCCCGCGUCCCCGCGGCCCGGCCUGAAACCCAAUCCCCCUGCAGAGCCGUGCCGCAGGACGCCCGGCGCACCAUGGCGGCGGUGCCGGGUGCCGGCGCUCGCGGUGCCCCCGGGCUGGCGGCCUUCGCCCGCUCCAGCUCCCUGCACGGCCUGCGGCACGUCUUCGCACCCGGCGCUGCCGCCCCGCACCGCCUGCUCUGGGCCGGAGCCUUCGUGGCCUCGCUGGGCGCCUUCCUGCUGCAGUCGGGUGAGCGCAUCGGGCACUACGGCGCGUACCCCCACAUCACCGCGCUGGAUGAGGCCGAGAGCCGCCCGCUCGUCUUCCCCGCCGUCACCCUCUGCAACUACAACCGCGCCCGGCGCUCGCGGCUCACCGCCAACGACGUGUUCUGGUUGGGCGCCGAGCUGCUGGCCGUGCCGCGCCGCGACUUCUCCCGUUACCUGCGGGCUCUGGGGCGGCCCCACGACCUCCACGGGUUCUUCCCCAGCAAGAGCUACGACCUGGCCGCCUUCUACCGGCGCGCCGGGCACGACAUCGCGGACAUGCUGCUGCGCUGCCGCUUCCGUGGCCGGGAGUGCGGCCCUGAGAACUUCACCGCCAUCUUCACCCGUCUGGGCAAGUGCUACACCUUCAACUCGGGGCAGCCGGGCACGGAGCUGCUGACCACGCUGCAGGGCGGCGCGGGGAACGGGCUGGAGCUGAUGCUUAACAUCCAGCAGGAGGAAUACCUGCCCGUCUGGGGGGACACGGACGAGACGUCGUACGAGGCGGGGGUGAAGGUGCAGAUCCACAGCCAGCAGGAGCCGCCCUUCAUCGACCAGCUGGGCUUCGGCGUGGCACCCGGCUUCCAGACCUUCGUGUCGUGCCAGCAGCAGCGGCUGGUGUAUCUACCACCGCCCUGGGGGGAUUGCAAGGCCACCCCCAUCGAGUCCGACUUCUUCACCAACUACAGCCUCACCGCCUGCCGCCUGGACUGCGAGACGCGCUACCUGGCCGAGAACUGCAACUGCCGCAUGGUGCACAUGCCCGGCAACGCCAACGUCUGCACGCCGGAGCAGUACAAGGAGUGCGCAGACCCCGCGCUGGAUUUCCUGGUGAAAAAGGACAGCGAGUACUGCGCGUGCCGCACGCCCUGCGAUACCGUGCGCUACGGGAAAGAGCUUUCCAUGGUGAAGAUCCCCAGCAAAGCCUCCGCGCGGUACCUGGCCAAGAAGUUCAACAAGACCGAGCAAUACAUCGCGGACAACGUGCUGGUGCUGGACAUCUUCUUUGAGGCGCUCAACUACGAGAUGAUCGAGCAGAAGAAGGCGUACGAGGUGGCGGGGCUGCUGGGGGACAUCGGGGGGCAGAUGGGGCUCUUCAUCGGCGCCAGCCUGCUGACCAUCCUGGAGAUCUUCGACUACCUGUAUGAGGUGUUCCGGGACAAACUCGUCGGCUUCUACAAGGACAAGAAACGGAUGCGGCGCGGCAGCAGCACCACCCUGGUAACCCCCCCUGCCCCUCCACCUCAUCCCACCCAUCGCCGCCCAUCACCGCUCAUCAUCUCCUCUCUGUCCGCCCGCCCACCAGGAGCAUCCCGCCGUGCCGGGCAGCCCCGCCGCCGCGCUCCCAUCCAGAACGGCCAUCGGGCCCUGCGCGGCCACGCGGACGGUGUCACCUUCGCCCCGCACGUGUUACCUCGUCACUCGGCUGUAGGCGCCCCGAGGAGUUCUCCUAUCGAGGGGCCCGGCCCCACACCCCCGGCCGGCCGGGGGGGUCCGCUGGGGAGCAGCCCCUGCCCUGGGACGGAACCAGGUGCUGGGGGGCUGCAGGGUCUCCGCUCCGCAUCCCUGCAUGCGCUGCUUGUCCCCGCGCCCUGCUGUACAUCGCGCCUCGCACCAAUAAAGUCCUGCCCCACACGGCUGGCUCUGGGGGGGGCACGGCUGGCGCACCGCGUAGCGGCACACAGGAAGGAGGCAGUGGGGGGGGGGAAGCUCUUUAUAUCGGUAACAAAGACGCAUUGCACCCACUGACAGCGCGGUCGGGAAAGGGGC